AACAAAAAAAUUCGGGAACCUCGUCGCGGGUCUGAGCUCCGCGGCGUCCUACAACCGGUGAGCGGCGAUCGUUGCCGCGCGCAAUGUCACCCAUCGUACCACCAAAACCCCUCCCGUUCCUCACCACGCUCACCACCCGCUUCUCACUUGCCUGCUUACCCACGCGGCGUUUCACCCAAACCUGCUGUUCCAGUGCCGGGCACCGCGGUCCCGCGGUCGCGGCCACUCCUCGUCCCGGUGGAGUUUGCAGGGUCCAUUCCCCCCUUAGGUCUCUUCUCCUUGCCAGCGCGGCAACUUCGGCCCGAACCGCGGCAGCGGCGGAAGACAUGUCUGACCCGGAGCUGAGGCUGGUGCUCGAGCUUGCUACUGACGAGGAACUGAUGGAGGUCGAGGAGAUCCUCUACGGCACCAGCUAUUUUAGCCCAUUGCUAAAAUCAAUUGCAAGAAGACCGAACUCAGAUGGUGUUGUUGUUUUGGAUGAUAUCGAGGAGAGAGAUCAUUUCAUCUCAAAAUUAGAGUCAAGGUUCCUGUAUCUUGCUGCAGAUGCUCGUUUUGUUAUGAGAGAUGUCUUGCUCAGAGUAAGAAAAAAAAUUGGUGUUCAGUGCUCUAGCAAAUUGUGUACUGCAGACCUUGAGGCAGAAAUAUUUCUUCACCUCGUGAAUGAAUAUUCAAGCCACCAGAAAGACCGACUUUCAUUUCCAUGGGAUAAACGAAAAUCUCCAAACAAUAUCUCUAGCCUUGGUGCAAACAAGUGGAAGAUGCUUACUGAUGUGGCUUGGAGGAUUGGAACAAAGGGAAUGGAAAGUACCUUUCUGAAGGGUGGUAGUGCAUUGACUAUGAAAACAAUAUAUGAAUCGUUAGCCAAUAGAUUGACUGGAAAACUGCUGAAGGAGGCUGCAAAUUACAAGAUAAAGAAAGAACUUGUUAAGCAGGGUGGGAGAUUGGCUGCUGUUAACCUGGAGUCUAGAGCUGGUUUGCUUGCAGCUAGGCAGGGUUUGGUUCGUGCUGCAUCGAGAUACGUUGGACUCAGGAGUGUCGUGACAUUUCUUGGACCAAUAUUGUGGGGGACGCUCUUGGCUGAUAUUGUGAUUCAAAUGUUGGGCACCGAUUAUGCUAGGAUCGUCCAGGCAGUCUAUGCAUUUGCUCAGAUUCGUUUGACUCGGACAAGUUACGUGGAAUCUGAUGGUGAAGGACCAGAGUAAGAUCGCUACUGGACUAGCCUAACUGGCAUUCUGAUCUAAAAGCAACCGUAUUGUACAUUCUAGCCAUGAAGAUCACCAUCUGAUUCUGCGGGUUCCAGUGCAAAUACUCCACGGGACAACGAGGUUAUAGCUUCAGACUUCGGAGUACUGUACUGCUAAUGUGAGUGCGUAUAAGUGACAGACGAGCGGUGUUACAAGACGUUGGGUCGCAGAGACAGUCAUAGAGCACAACACAACCGGCUACUCCCCUGAUCGAUGUAAAGCUUAGCAAAAAUAACCUAACCGUGACAAUGAAAAUAUGAUACAGUAAUGUUUAACAACGAGCUCCGCAAGUGUCAUUUGGGCGGCGACCUACCCUGUGAGCGCGGAAGUUGUGACUGAAUUUACUUGGGCGUCACACUUCCGCGCGGGGCCCGAAGUUGUAGACCAUGCAUUCUGCUCUGCCCCGGUUGAAUACUGUAAAAUAUUGCUCCCCUUAUCCUAAACUAUUCCUCCUAACGUUCGGUUAGGCAAGGCAGAUCUCA